AUGGUAUUGCCGAGAAUACGAAAUUUAGACAAUAAUUCACAUUUUGAAAUGCAUGAAAGCAACAAUAAUCUAAAAAAAUUGGUUUGUAUUGGAGAAGGUUAUCCAGAGCCACAAAUUAUGUGGAUAAGAGACUCUAUUCACAUUGCAAGCAAUCGCUCUCGUGCUGUACUUGAGUUAGAAUCUGAAUCGCAUGGUUUGAACAAAUAUGUUUGCCAAGCAAAAAAUCAGCAUGGACUGGUACGAAUAUUUAUCACCGUAACUAUUCCAGAUGAUACAGCAAAGACCACAUUAUCUUACACCGAUUUACAAGCACAAAGUAUUGUUCUACAUUGGCGAAUGUCAAACGAUCAAUAUAAAAGAUUUAAUCAUUUUAUUAUUUAUUAUCGUCAAUGGGAUAAUAACAAUGAUUUUAAUCAUGAAUAUUACGAAGAAAUUCUUGUUGAUGGUCAAGCAGCCCGAAAUAGUUUUACAUUUCGUGUAAGUUUUAUGUUAUGGUAG